AUGACGUCCACUUUCGAAGUGCAGCCGGCGUCGCCUUUGGGCCUCCUGACUGCGAAUCCCAUCGCAAGCGCCGUCUCAGAUGCAUACAAGUCCUUCUCCGACCGGCGAGCGCGCCUCGGCCUGUCCAACCCAGGCACUGUCGACUCCAUCACAAAGGAGGUCCAGCGCGAAGUCUCCCUCACCAACUACAUGCACACGGGCAUACGCGCAGACCUUACCAAGGCUGUGAGCUUGUCGCCGCUGUUCCAGGUCUCGCAUCAGUUUGCCAUGGGAGAGCACAUGAAGCCCUAUGCGUUUGCCGCACUGUUCGGCACAAACAAUGUCUUCCUACAAGGGAGCAUGGACAACGAUGGCAUGCUUUCAACGCGCUUCAACUACCGAUGGUCCCAGGCUCUCGUUACAAAGGCUCAAUUCCAGAUCGGAUCUCAGGAUAUGGCGUCGAUCGAGCACGAGUACACUGGUGCCGACUUCACCUCGUCACUGAAAAUGCUGAACCCCUCGUAUCUCGAGGGAGGUGCCACAGGCAUCUUCAUCCUUAGCCAUCUACAAUCUGUUACACGGAAACUUUCGCUAGGAAUCGAGGCUGUCUGGCAACGCGCUGCACUGAACCAACCCCCCGAGUCUGCCAUGUCGUACUGCGGCAGAUACAAGUCAGACGACUGGAUCGCCACUGUACAGCUACACGCCCAAGGUGCUUUGAACGCUACCUACUGGAGAAGACUGUCGGACAAGGUUCAGGCCGGUGUUGAUAUGACCCUUCAGGCCGCCCCGGGCGCCAGCAUGAUGGCACCCAUGCAGAAGGAAGGGAUCACAGCUGUUGGCGUAAAGUAUGAUUUCCGCAUGUCUACAUUCCGAGCUCAGGUCGACUCCAAGGGCAAGCUGGGCUGCCUCCUCGAGAAGCGAGUGGCUCCCCCUGUCAUGAUGUCCUUCUGUGCCGAUGUCGAUCACCUCACUCAAUCUGCCAAGGUUGGUUUGGGCAUUACCAUCGAGGCUGGUGGAGAGGAAUUGCAGGAGCAGCAAGAGGCUAUGGGCCCUCAAGCUUCUCCCAACAUUCCCUUCUAA